AUGCAACAAAUCUACACGAGGGAGAUUAUCCUCAAUACAUUCCAGAAGGAGGUCAACAAAAUUUUGGUUAUCCCGCAUACCAAUCCGGAGGACAUCAACCUUUUGACUAUUCAGCUUACACACACCAAGGAGGGCCACGACAUUCUGGUUAUACAGGAUACCCACAUCAAGAAGGAUUUACAACAAAUCAAGAAAAUUUUGAAAAUGAAGGUGAUUUAA